AUGUCUCACGGGGAUCCCAACACGUUUGGCGCGGCCAAUUACCGCGCCAGCAACGACCUUGUCGACCUUGUCGACCUGGACAGCGUGGACGACCCGUUCCGCGACCCUGCGCCAGAGCCUGCCAGCUCUGCCGCCGCGUUUGCCAACGUGGCAAACGACUACGACGCGGCCGGGCCCCUGCACGACAACCCGUUCGACUCGGACGUUCUGAGCGACUACGAGAGCGACAACUACGGGCCCGCAGGCUCCAGCGGCGGCCUGCGCUCUGUGCACGCCGCCGCCGGAACCAGCCACCGACACGGCCAACGUGUUCGACAUCCGCCGGUACUUCCGCAAGCACAACAACACCGACGACACGAGCCCGCGCACGAUCUACAUCAACGACCCGCAGACAAACGCACGGCUCGGCUACUACGACAACCACAUCAGCACCACCAAGUACAACUUCGUCACGUUUGUGCCCAAGUUCCUGUUCGAGCAGUUCUCCAAGUACGCGAACCUGUUUUUCCUGUUCACGUCGGUGAUCCAGCAGGUCCCGUCCGUGUCUCCGACCAACAGGUACACCACGAUCGGCACGCUGAUGGUGGUGCUGCUUGUUUCGGCCGUCAAGGAGAUCACCGAGGACAUCAAGCGCAACUCGUCCGACAACGAGCUGAACCGGUCCAAAAUCGAGGUUCUGGACCUCCGAACGGGCCAGUACGUGAUGAAAAAAUGGAUCAACGUCAAAGUCGGCGACAUCGUCAAGGUGAACAGCGAGGAGCCGUUUCCCGCGGACCUGAUCCUGCUGAGCUCGUCCGAGCCGGAAGGGCUGUGCUACAUCGAGACGGCGAACCUGGACGGCGAAACGAACCUGAAAAUCAAGCAGUCUCGCGAGGAGACCGCCGGGCUGAUGUCGCCGCAGCAGCUGGUCCAAUGCCAGGGCAAAAUCCUCAGCGAGCGGCCCAACAGCAGUCUGUACACGUACGAGGGUACGCUGUACCUGAACGGGCGCGAGAUCCCGCUGAGCCCGGACCAGCUGCUUCUGCGCGGCGCCAGUCUGCGCAACACGGUCUGGAUCCAGGGAAUCGUGGUGUUCACGGGCCACGAGACGAAGCUGAUGCGCAACGCGACGGCGGCGCCGAUCAAGAAGACCGACGUCGAGCGGAUCAUCAAUCUGCAGGUGAUUGCGCUGUUUGGCAUUCUGCUGGUGUUGUCGGUGGUCUCGUCGCUCGGCGACAUUCUCAACAUCGCCUUCAUGAAAAACCAUCUGGGCUACCUCUAUCUGGAAGGAACGAGCAAGGUGAAGCUGUUUUUCGCCGACAUCCUGACGUACUGGGUGCUUUUCUCGAACCUCGUGCCGAUCUCGCUGUUUGUCACCGUUGA